AUGGUAUACUGUCAACCAGCACCUGUAGCACAUCCGAUGGUUUGCAAUUGUGCACCAUCUUAUGGUUGUGGACAAUAUGGUUGUUAUAAGCUUAAAGCUCAAGCAUCUAAAAACAUGAGGCUAUCAUCAUUAGAUAAUGGUCAACAGCGAUUAAAUGGUUUACAAUUACCACUUGAGAAAUCAUCAAAGCUUAUUCCAUUGGAACCAUUUAGACUUGGGAAAACCGUAUCAUUAAAAGUGAUGGAUGAACGACGAGCGCUUGCGAUGGCAUCACCAACAGCUGCUGAACUUCCAAUGAAAGGACGAACAUUUCAGGAUCCAAAUGAAGCAUUUUUGGAAUGUUGCAUGGAUCGACAUUUGCCAGAUGCAUGUCUUAAUAAAUGCAAUUUUAAUUAUUACAAUCAACAUGCUGUAUGUUUUAUAUUAAUUUUGAUUUUAAAAUAA